UGCAUCAUGCUGGCGUGCCUGCCGAGACGACAGAACCAACCCGCCCAGCACCCGGCGUGUGCUGCCAAGAUCCUGGACGCUCCCGUCAGCCUGAAAUGUGAUCUGAGCUCAAUGCAGUCUCCACGGUACCCCUCUGCUGCUGAGCUAGACGCCUACGCACAGAAGACGGCAGAUAGUCCGCUGUCCAUCAAGAUCUUCCCAUCCAAUAUCAGGGUCCCACAGCACAAACAAAUUGGCCGAACUGUCAAUGGCUUGGACACGACAGGCCAACGCUUCAGCCCUUACUCCCAGCCCUACUCCAGUGGCUACCAGGGCUUGCUGGCCAUUGUCAAAGCCCCCACUGUGACCAAAGGCAUAGUAAAGAGCUGUGAUGGCAAGAGGACUAAACUGUCGCCAAUCCAGAUGGCGGUGGCACCUUAUGCACCACCCAGCAGCAACAACUUGGCUCACAGGCACAGGCAGAGACCAUACAGCUUAGAGCUUUGCAAACCUCCUGAGGUGCACAACGUCCCAGUGCCACCCAAUGUCGUGGUAACAGCUUCUGCUACAUCCCUCUCUAGUGGACAAAGCUUGGUUCUGGCUUCCCACUCAGACCACGCAUCCCUUUGCAUAGUGAGACAAAUGGCUAGGACGUCCCACGCCCAAGGGCUUCAGGCACCUGUGGAAGAUCAUUCCAGCCCAUCUCAUCAAGCAGCUACAGCCUGCUUGGAUUCCAGUUUCAGCAUGGACAUGGCCAAGACUACGGGCUACAUGGACACUAUGGAAUAUGCGAUAUGGCAGUCCAAGCAGCAGAGACAUCAACAGCAGCAGCAGAAGCAGCACUAUCAGCAGGGUCCAUUACACAGGUACAGUGCCAACAGUAGCAGCAGAGCUACCAUAAGCAGAUCUCCAGAUGUAUGCUUGCCCCAAGGUACCACUCAGAUCCCAUACAGGGCUCAUGCCCUCAGCACAGGCACCUGCGUAACGGGUGUCACGCUGGACCGGGUAGGCUCAUCACCUUUGAACUGCGCUGCCACACAUGGUGACUUCUCUGCUGGCCAGUUCUUCGCACCUCAUUGGAACAGCACGCUUGCUACGCCCGACAGCGACUGUUACAACCCGCAGGAGCUGCCCCUGGGCUCGGUGGGGCUUGGCCACAGCCAUGGCCGGCCUCAGCGCCAAGCCCACUGUGUGCCGCAGCAGUACCCAGGUCUCGGUCUGUGUUGCGGGCUGCCCGGCCGGAGCCUGUGUCAGGCCUCCCUGCUCAGCAGCAGCCUACAGUCUCUGGAGUGCCUGAUCAGCGAGAUCCACCCACCCUGCAUCAAGGAGCGCAUGCUGGGCCGUGGGUAUGAGGCCGUUCAGCCCACGCACAUCCAGCUGCCUGUGUUCAGAUAGGGGCCAUCAGACAAGUGAUUCGAGAAGGUCAAAAGUGGACUGUUGGGAUUAGGAGAUGAGGCAUAGAUUGGAUAUCAGACAUGCCUUUCGUGGAUAUGUCUUUGGUAAAGGGCUCAGUGGGUUUUUGCAAAGCUUAAAAGGGUACCAGUGAUUCUCACGCCCCGCGAAAGGUCGGAGUUGCAGCUUAACUCGCGUUAGCUGGACUGACUUCAUGUACUUCAAGAAGUACUCAUAUUCCACAGUUUUGCAGCAACAGGGAUUUUUGUGGCAUCAUACAAUUACUUCUGAUCCAAAUGAUCUGAAUGGAACCAUUUCAGAUUAGCUGCCAAAUUUUCAACGGGAAGCAAACUGCCCAUUGUUGCAGGACAUUGACACUUCAGGUCUGUUUACUCCAAAACCAUAACUAAACUGAUGAUCUAUGUUUAGUGAACUCUUGUUGGCAGAAAUUUGUAUAGCCCUGAUAGUACUAAAUCAUAAUAGUUAUGAUUUUUCCAAUUGCACUGUUAUAAAAACCUAUUAAAAUGACUCUGGCAUGGGUUGGUUCUGAAAACGUUUCAUCGAAAAAGAAAACUUGAAUUUUUUCCUGUAUUAUUUUUGUCUUUCAGUAGACAGGCAUAUUUAUAAGAUUCUUUAUUCUAGUUGUUUCAUCUCUGUUUGUGACCAAUGAUUUUAUUUGAUUUUUUUUUUUUUUUUUUGUUAAAUGGUUUCAUCCAAAUUUUCAUCUGUUUCUGGCAAGUCGAUCUAGUUGAUCGUUGUCUACUGUAGCCAGUCCAGUGUUGUUUUUCUUUUCUUCUUCUUUUUUCAAAUGGCAUUUGUGAAUCUGAGAAACAGACUGGGAAGCGUACACUACUGAGCUGGCUCCAUCAGCAACCAGAUGUGAAGCCACACGAGUUACUGUGACUAAGUCUUAAGCGUUUCGACUGGAUUUCAGCAUCAGUGUUCUACAUAUUUUAUUCAUUAUUUAUUGACAUUUGAUUUUCUGUACCAUGUUAGAAGAUACUACCAGGGUGUCUGAAUUUUGGAUGAAAAAAGAAAUGGGAUGGGGGGGUUGAGGGAAAGAAAAACAUUUACCACUUGAUUUUGUUUUCUUUCAUCCAUCAGAAUGGACUAGCUUGAAGCAGCGUCGGGAUAAAAUGGCACACAACGGGCUAGAUGUUUUAAAAAGUGCAAUUAUAAUGUUGGCAGAUUAGCCCUUUCCCCAUGUUAUGCUUCAUUGACUAUUUACUACUGUAUGUAUGACUGUCUGGAACCCCCUCCACAAUUAAGAUUGUCAAAUAAAAUCUAAUUUAGGGAUGUUUUUAAAAUCUGCUGCUUGUUUGUUUUUUGUUUGUUUGUUUUUUUUAAAGAUGAAUGAUGCCACUAAUGUCACUGCCUCUGUAGAGAUAAAUCAUACAUUCUGAACAAGCUAUAAAGUCAAGGCAAGCGUAACGCGUAUCUUGGCAUAAACGGAGCAUAAUAAGUACAUGAGACGAGUCGUUUGUAAUGUGUAAACAAAAUUACAACGUCGCUUUCAAAUAUUUGUCAUAAAGAGUGGUGAUGGAGGAAGGGGUUGUGGUUGUGCAGUCUGGCUUGCAGGUCUGUCAUCCGAGUGCCAGUCGGGGCCUUUUGGCAGAGAAGCAGCAGAGCAGCGAUACCCUCUGAGGGCAGGGCAUUGACGUUGCUCUGGCUUUAUCCACCCCGGGGACAGGGGCUAAUCAGCUUUCAGUGUGACCUGAGCUCGCACACAUCUCCUCCACCUCUUUUAUCAGCUCUUCAAGGGCAUCGAGAACAAACAGCGAGAGGGAGAGAGAGAGGUGCUGACGGAAACCAGGCCAGGAGGCUGCCAUUAGUUCCAGAAACAGAGUGGUAGACUGAACAAUGGCGGGGCUGCAUGGCAUUCGAGUCGCACACACACCAUGCAGAUCUUA